UUCUCUUCCAUCUCUCUUAGGAGGCAAUCCAGAUUGCCUUGGGGGUGCUGUAGCACUGGCAGCCAAUAGUUUGAUGAGUGGCAACAUAAUAUCUGUUCCCACGGACACCAUUUAUGGGCUGGCUGCAUUGGCUCAGAGCGCAGAGGCAGUAGAGAAGCUGUACGAGGUCAAAGGCAGAAAUGGGAACAAACCCAUUGCAAUCUGUGUCAGCUGCAUUGAAGAUAUCCAUAGAUGGGGAUAUGUGACUGUUUCCGAUGACAUCCUUCGGGAUCUUCUACCUGGACCUGUUACAGUCGUCUUCAGGAGAAGAACAGAGCUCAACCCUGACUUUAAUCCGUCCUCUGAACUCAUUGGCCUCCGUAUCCCCAAGUAUCCCUUCAUUCAGCAGUUAGCAGCAGCAGUAGGUGAACCGAUUGCGCUGACUAGCGCUAACCCAUCAGCCCAAAGAAGUACCCUCGCAGUCAAGGAGUUUGAAGACCUAUGGAGUAAGAUUGACCUGGUAUUUGAUGGUGGUGUUUUAAGUGAUUCAGAAGAAUCGAGACACGGUUCUACCGUCAUUGAUCUAUCUGUCAUGGGUAGAUUCUCUAUCAUCAGACCAGGAAGUGCUGAAGAGAAAACCAUCAAGAUUCUGAACGGAAAGUACCAUCUAAAGGAGAAAAAGAGAUAAUACACACACAAACCCAAAAGUUAUCUACCACAGAGCUUUUAUAUCAGGAAGUCUUACUGAUGCCACCUUUCAGAAGCAGCAUUCCUUAUAAGUGGGACUGAUCAGUUGACCUUUGACCUCAGCAUCCAUGUGUAAGUGUGAAAGUAUUGGUGACCACUGACAGUUGCAUAUAUAUAUAUGAGGAGAUGAGUAUAUUCUGCUUCAAUGAUGAGCAAAGGAUAUGAGAAAUAGUGAUCUCCAUUGACAGGAAAAAAAUUGAUGUCACAUAUUGAAUGAUUGACAAUUCAGCAGAGGAGUAUAAUCUUUGAAUCAGAGCUGCGUUCAUAAUCUUGGAUAUGUUUUAUACAAACAUUUCAAAGAGAUUUCAUUCCAGUAUUGUCUCAGGUCAGUAUUCAAUGGCUAUCUAGUACUGUUAACCUGUUACCAAGGGAACAGUCAACGGGUUUUCUUCAAGUUGAAAGGUUUCCUUGGACAAUUAUCGGAGGAGAACUGUCUGCAUCAUCUCACCAUUCUUAUAUAUGAUGACAUAUAUAUAUAUUUAAGUCUAAAUUGGAGAGAAACUUCAAAAUUUAUUUUUUUAGUAAACUGUUUUUUCUUAUAAGUACAUCUAGCAAAGAGGAUUUAUAUUUUAAAUGUCCACUGUUUAGCGCUCUGUCAUGUUAUCAGACUGUUGCGAGGUUGACGAUUAUCCAGUCACUAGAUGUUGGAGAAAUUUGACAUUUCUGUGAAGAAAAUAUCUUUCAUAUCUUUCUUGCGUAAAUUGAUAACUGAUUAGAUCAAGUGCCUUUUCCAUGGGGCUCAAAGCGUUUAAGUGUAUGUUAUUACCAUCAUCCGUUUGUUUGUGUCUGUGCUCGUAAUCAAUAGAUGCCCCAGAGUUCUUUCUUUAAUGUCAUUACGCACAAAGCACUGAAACAUUAUGACAUGCCAACACAGCAUUGAGGAUAAUCUUGUAAGGAAAUUGUGAAACUGUCAUGUUGGUGUUUGAGUUAACUUAAACCCUUUUAAAUAUGAAACCCUGGGAACAUUCCAGGAGGCAAAUAGUGAUUUUUACUUACAUUUGUUAUAAUCUACCAAAAUCCUUGCAUAUGAUUGGCUCAGAACAAAUAAGUAAUUGAAAAUAUCUGACUUUUCGUUUCAUGAAACACUCCCCAGUUAGAGUUCCACGAUAGAAGAUAUCAAAAUUCUUGCAAAAUAAGUAGCAAUAAACAGCUUGGGCCAGAAAAUAGUUUUAUUUUUGGAAACGUCCACAACGUGUAUGCUCAUUUUCAUUAUUAUUACUAUUUAUUUUACCAAAUCACAAAACACAUAAUUGCAAUGUCAAUGGCCAAGAUCUCAGUAGGGCUGAAUGUCAUGAUUUGAAACAGUGGCGCCAAGUCCUCCUGCACUUCUCAGAUCAUAAGCAAACCAUUGUAAUCUUAAAACAAAAUAUAUCUUUAAUAGGAGGCCUUAUGUUGUUGAGUGUCUUAUUCUUUAAUUUGUGAACCAUCCUCCCAGGUCCAUGUAGGGAUAUCACAAUCAAUUAGUUCUUCCCUCCCCUCCUUGGCUAGACAAAAAAAAGAUAGACGACAUGAUGUUAAGAUCUCCAACAUUUGCAUAGUUGCUGUGUAAAUGAGAUGUAAGAAACUUAUAAUACAGUUUUAUAAAAUUGCUGAAUAUCAAAAGAUUCUUUGAAAUUCAGGUUUAGUUAUUUCCAUAUUUACUUGCCCAUAUUUACUGGACAUUUGAAAUGUAUAAUAUAAAUAACAAUAUCAUGAUAUAAUGAAUCAUGUUUAGUAAACUGUUUCUUUAUAGUUACUGAAAAUCUAGAUAAUGAUAUCAUUGGAAUGUUAUGUAGAUACACAAUUCCUACGGCUUUCAGAUCAUGUUUCAUGUAUCAUUUAGAAGAGGUAUUUAUUAGUGGGGUGUGAGAGAAUAUUCAGUAUAUUUCAAUUCAGCAUAACUAUUUAACUUCAUAUGUUUAUUUGUGUUGUGUAGAGAAUGCUGGUGAUGGGAUGUGAUGCAGCGCUUUCACAUGUAGAUUAGCAGUGAAUAGGUUUAUGUAUGCAUCACACACUGCUAUUCAUAAACUUGUAUACUAUCAAUGUACAUGUCCCAGCUUAUAAAGAAUUAUAACAUUGAAUAAUCUGUUUGAUACAAAAUCCCCAUGACAAUGGUAUCAGGUGUAACUUUCAGGGAAGUAAACUGCUAUAAUAAUAUAAAUGAGUCCAUUUCAAAUAUGGCAAUAGUCCAGAUUGGACCUUGGUGUUUGGAAGUUCCCUUUCCCUAAGCUAACAUAGAGGGCACAUUUCUCCCAACUUCCAAACACCAAGAUCCAAUCCGGACUAAUAUGGCAAUGGGAUAUAUGAUUGGUUAUACUUCAAAUAUUAUCGCAGUGCACAGCAUUGAUGUAACAUUCAACAUGAAUUAACUUGAAAUUUAAUUGAAAUUAUAUUUUGUCCCAUCCAAGCUUUAGUAGGAUAAGAAGCAUGAUGAAUUCAUAGGGGUUGGUUUUCACUAUAAGAUGGCUUGGGCAAAUAAUCAUAGUGUAUAUACAUGUACUUAAGUAUAUUGCACUCUCAUUGGGUGAUCAUUUGGUGUAGAGCCUCUGGUGCUAGUGUCUGGCUUUUAUCACAUCAGCACAGCACUAAAAUAUAAGUGCAAGUGUAAGAAUAGUCUUGGGACAGGUGUCAUUGAAUGUUCAGCUAUCAACGAUGUGAUUUCAACCAUUUAAAAAAACUCAGAAUGGGUGAUGGAGCUACAUGUAAGAAAGGCAUUCUAAAUGGUGCUUCCAACACCAGCAACAUCAUUGAACUAUGAUGCAGUAAGGUGUAUAGUACAUCCCUUAUUAGCAGAGGAACCACUUAAACAUCAUUACGAACAUCAUUCUGUUUCCAUUAUGCAAUACAUCCAUUCAAGUUCAAUGGACACCUGCUAGUCUAUAAAUUCUAAUGCCAUUUCUGGUUCUGAUAAAUCAGACAUCAAUGUUACUAUUGUUCUCUAGCAAGGUGUUGUGCUCUUGGUUGUUCUAAGGUGAAGAGAGGGCACUGCCAAAAUGUGUUAAAUAAGAUAUUGUUUUGUGUGUGUGAUAUAAAGUUAUUCUCAUUGGAAUUAUCUUGUAGGCAUUCAGACAAUUUGCACAGGUAUUUGUUCACUUUUAACUUAUGAGUUUGUAAGGUAUUAAUAUUUAAUGGAAAUCUUGUUCAUUGUUCUCUCGAAAGCUUACGCGAUUAAUUAUGAUGUGAUCAAGUUUGUAUUGUCACAAAAUAUCUCAUGAAAAAUUCAGUAUAACUAAAUGAUGUGAUACUUAUACAAAUUAAAAAUACAUAAUAUGUUAAUUGAUAUGUUUAUAAUGACAUAUUGGAGUUGGUUUUAAUGUUAUAUGUAUAAGGUUUAUAUACUAACUAUUUGAAAGUAUCACUUCCUGUGAAAAAAUCUAUUUCCAAAAUUAUUGAGUGGAAACUGACAUCAAGAUAAAGACCUAGGUGUUGUUGCAAAUUAAGGGAAUAUUUUUAAAGUGUUUUUACAAUUUCUCUAAUUAAUAUUAAAAAGAGGUAUACAUAUAUUUUUGACAGAUUUCCAGGCCAGAAUUUAUGUGUAUCAUAGAAAACAGAUUCAGUAAAGUGACUAUUUUCACUGUUAUUGUUUUUUUCUCUCUCUAUGCCCAUUUUUGUAACCCUUUUGAAAAUGGCUACACCCCCACCCAAAAGUGAAAAUAAACAACUAAAAAAAGAGAGAUAUUGGAUGUAUUUCCCAUUAGAAUAAUUUUCUCUCAUAUUGAAGAAUUUGAUCGACUCCAUAUUUCAUAUUGGAAAUAUGUGUCAUAUAUUGUUUUAAUUUCAUAUUACACUUAAAAUUAAUCUUAUUCUGAUUAUCAAGUGCAAACAUAAAGAAUGCAUGAAAAUAUGAAUAAUGUGAUUGAUACCAUAUGAAUAAUCAUGAUAUCUAAUGAAUAUUCAAGACCACUUUUCAUUCAAAUUACCAUAAUUUUUUUUUUUACUUUCAAUGCAAGAAAAUGGACUCCAGUAGUUGAUAUAAAUUGCAUUAGAUUUCAAACAGGCAAUUUGCAAGUUAUGGUUAAUUAUUCCACAGAAAAUCUUUAAAACAGAAUUAGAACACUUCUAAUGAAAUUAACAGUCAAGUGAUCGUGCACUACUCAUUGAAUAUGUACUUCUUCCUGGAAAAUUGCAUGGUAUUUAUGUAUGAAGUGCUACUUAGUGGGGAAGGCAAACUAUGUGUAUAGCUUGAUUAUUUUAUUUUGUAAUUUUUUACAUGAAAUUUUAUAUAAAUAUAUAUGGGAUUGAAAUAAUGACGA